CGCCCCUGUGGGCGGGGCGAAGCAGCGUCGCCGCGAGGCCACCCGGAAGACCGAGCCGGGUAGGCGCUGUCUCCGUCGCCUCCAACCCCCCGGUCCGACCAGGGAAGGUGGGAUGCUCUGAUGGCCGGGCCUGCGGCGCUGAGCGCGGCGGCGGCGGCUGCUCUGGCGGCCGCCCUGCUCCUGCUGCGUCGUGAGGACCCUGGGGCUGGCCCCAGCAUGGCCGAAACAGAAGCCCUGUCGAAGCUUCGGGAAGACUUCAGGAUGCAGAAUAAAUCCGUCUUUAUUUUGGGCGCCAGCGGAGAAACCGGCAGAGUGCUCUUAAAGGAAAUCCUGGAGCAGGGCCUGUUUUCCAAAGUCACGCUCAUUGGCCGGAGGAAGCUCACCUUCGACGAGGAAGCUUAUAAAAAUGUGAAUCAAGAAGUGGUGGACUUUGAAAAGUUGGAUGACUACGCUUCUGCCUUUCAAGGUCAUGAUGUUGGAUUCUGUUGCCUGGGUACCACCAGAGGGAAAGCUGGGGCGGAGGGAUUUGUUCGUGUUGACCGAGAUUAUGUGCUGAAGUCUGCAGAGCUGGCAAAAGCUGGAGGGUGCAAACAUUUCAACUUGCUAUCCUCUAAAGGAGCUGAUAAAUCAAGCAAAUUUUUAUAUCUACAAGUUAAGGGAGAAGUAGAAGCCAAGGUUGAAGAAUUAAAAUUUGAUCGUUACUCUGUAUUUAGGCCUGGAGUUCUGUUAUGUGAUAGGCAAGAAUCUCGCCCAGGUGAAUGGUUGGUUAGAAAGUUCUUUGGCUCCUUACCAGAAUCUUGGGCCAGUGGGCAUUCUGUGCCUGUGGUGACCGUGGUUAGAGCAAUGCUGAACAAUGUGGUGAGACCAAGAGACAAGCAGAUGGAACUGCUGGAGAACAAGGCCAUCCAUGACCUGGGGAAAGCGCAUGGCUCUCUCAAGCCAUGACCACACUGGAGAAAUGGUUUUUAUUGUCAACCUUAACACCCAUCACCAAAUCGGUAAUUUCAGGGUCUAAAAAAAGUCAGCAUGUUUUAACUUUGUUGUUUUACUAUCCUCAGGCAUCCAUUCCAAUCAAGAAAUGAUGGUGCUCUGCAUCAGUGGUUCAGAACCUGGUUAUACAUAUAGAUCACUCAGGGAGCUUUGGAAAAAUAAAGAUUUGUCAGCCCUAUCUCAAACUUGAAUCAAAAUUUCUGGGGUGUGGGCACAAUAAUCUGUAAUAUUCUUUGUUUAUACUUCCCCUGAUGCCACUGGUUCUGAUGCCACUGGUUAGGGGGCCUGCUUUGAAAUGCUUGUCUGCAGAGUCACAGCAGCCAUGAAAACCUUAUGACCGUGCAAAUGAGCUCUGCUCUAAAAUUGUUGACAUUCAUGUCUCUGAGUUACAAAAGUGCUAAUUCACUACAUGUAAUUGUGUAAGUAAACAUUGUGCCUUUACUACUUCUUUAUGUAAUAGAAGUUAUAUACCUAAGCUUAUAUAAUACAUGGGGAGGAUUAAAUAAAGGAAUAAAGAUGAAUGGACAACU